AAUUGGUGGGAAAAGAAAGGGCUCCCAACAAAUAGAUAUCAUUCGGAGGAGAGAUCAAAGUUUUUUAUCCACAAACACACGUACAUGGCUCGUGUUAUCCCCUCAACUUUCUCUCUCUACACUUGUUCAACUCCUUCAUUUUCCCCACGAAAUCCAACUAAAACUUUAUACCAUCAAAAUCUUACUCAUCGUACUCCUCUUUUGGUUUGCAAUGCUAGCAAGAAACCCAGCUUUGUGGAUCAAAUUCUCGAUUAUAUUGAAGGUGGGCCUAAAUUAAGAAAAUGGUAUGGAGCACCUGAUCUACUCCCAAAGGAUGGAUCAUUACCUGAAGAAGAGGAUGUUCCUGAUGUAGAAGAAACCAGAGAUGCUGUUCUAGUCACUGAUGGAGAUAGCGAAAUCGCCCAGAUGGUGAUUCUGUCCUUGAUUGUAAAACGAACCCGAGUAAAAGCACUGGUUAAAAAUAGACGUGCUGCUCUAGAAGCCUUUGGAACCUAUGUCGAGUCAUUAGCCGGAGAUGCAAAUAACAUGGCCUUCUUGAAGAAGGCCUUGAAGGGUGUUCGAGCAGUUGUAUGCCCAACUGAGGGUUUCCUGUCCAAAGUUGGGAACCUGCAAGGAGUUCAACAUGUUGUUCUCUUAUCUCAGUUAUCUGUGUAUAAAGGUGCUGAUGGCAUUCAAGCUCUUAUAACGAGCAAUGCAAAAAAGUUGGCUGAAGAAGAUGAAUCAACGUUAAUGGCUUCAGGAAUUCCCUAUACUAUUAUCAGUGCUGGAUCUCUGGAAAAUACACCCGGUGGAUCACAAGGGUUUAGCUUUCAAGAGGAUUGUGCGGCAAAGGGAAGUCUCAGCAAGGAAGAUGCCGCAUUCAUAUGUGUUGAGGCCCUUAGCUUAGUGCCAGAGACUGGAUUCGUAGUUGAGGUUGUCAACGGAGAGGAGAAGGUUUCAGACUGGAAGCAGAAAUUUACAGAGUUGAUGGAGAAGGGGAAAGGCCAAUAAUGAUGAUGAUGAGAGCCAAUUCAUGACAUUUCAAGAAUCAGUCAGAGUUUCAAAAGGGGAGGAUAAAGAACAAUUUCAUGUUCUGUUAAUUAGUUUGUUUGUAAAAAAUAUUGACAGAUUUUUACUCCGUAGCUGGUUUUAUUCUUUCAUUGGAACUGCAACUGAACA